ACUAGUUCUGCUCGAACUCCACCUCAAGCUAGAAGCUACAGUGCUGAUGGGUAACGUAGUUUACAGCUGGUUGUUCGACCUUUAGUGGUGUCAACAUCAGCGGUACAGAAAACUACAGCUCCCUUCACAAAUAAGAGCGCCCUACGAAGAUUUGUUUUUAGCUUAGCUUAGACACGCGAGUAAAAUUGUAACCGAGCGGGGGCAAAUAAGUUCAAGCUUAUUUUGCUUGUCUUUAAACAUUCUCGCAAACGUCUUGUACCUCCACAUCUUCUGUUAUCUGUAAAACUGCCAAAAGAGCCUGACAUGGUCUCUCUCCAUCUUACACAACCAGUUUGGAGUUGACUUGCUGCCAUGCCGGUGCACCGUGACAGGGAGAAGAAGGAGAGCACAGCAGAGGAGAUGGAGGUGGAGGAGCAGGAGCAAGAGGCGUCCAGCUCGGAGGAGGAGGAUUCUGACACCUCCUCUGUCUCUGAGGAUGGAGACAGCUCUGAAAUGGAUGAGGAGGACUGUGAGCGGAGGAGGGUGGAGUGUCUGGAUGAAAUGUCCAACCUGGAGAAGCAGUUCACAGAUCUCAAAGACCAGCUGUAUCAUGAGCGUCUCAGUCAGGUAAACAGCAAGCUCACAGAGGUGGAGGCUGGCCGGGCAGCCGAGUAUCUGGAGCCUCUGGCUGUGCUGCUGGAGAACAUGCAGGUCCGCACCAAGGUGGCAGGCAUCUACAGGGAGCUGUGUCUGGAGUCUGUAAGGAACAAAUACGAGUGUGAAAUCCAGGCAGCAUGCCAGCACUGGGAGAGUGAGAAGCUGCUGUUGUUGGACACAGUACAGAGUGAACUGGAGGAAAAAAUUCGAAGACUGGAGGAAGACAGACACAGCAUAGAUAUUACAUCAGAGUUGUGGAAUGACGAGUUAUCAGGAAGGAAGAAGAGGAGAGAUGCUUUAAGUCCAGAUAAGAAGAAGAGACGACCUUCUGUGGUGUCUGGCCCAUAUAUUGUUUACAUGCUACCUGACCUGGACAUCCUGGAGGACUGGACAGCCAUCAGAAAGGCCGUGGCUACACUGGGACCCCACAGAGGAAAGGCCGAAUCUGACAGCCCAGUGUUCCCAUUUAGGCAAGACAGAAACAGGCCCAUUCUCAACUGCUGAGGAACACACACACACACACCUACACAAAACACACACAUACAGUCACAUAUUACAAAGCGCACUCUAACACAAGAGGACUGCGAAAACAUACAAAAUACUUACACAAUACAUGCAAACAUUAAAAGGAAAGUUCAGACACAGGCAGUAGUACCAACAGGAAGCUAAGUAAUGUACUGAUAUGGACGGAAGCAACAAAACGUAUUUUAGACACUUAAAAAAAGUUUACGUGUAUGCUAUAUAUAGAAUAUUUUCACUGCUCUGCCUUGCUGUCAGACAGCUGUCUAUGUUCUCUUCAAAGCCACCAGGCUCCAUUGACAAAAACAGUCAUUUUACCUUGCGGAACAUGAAAGUUGCUGGUCCACCGCCAGGUUAGUUCGGAUUUCCCAAAGUCACACAAUAACACAAACUAACUAACUGAAUGAGGCAGCCUUAGACCAGCAACUCCCGUGAUUUGCGAGAUAAAAUGAGAUAAAAAAAAAUUCAUUGGAGUCUGGUGGCUUCGAAUAUGUAGCAUAGACAUUUCUCUGAAUCUUCCCACAAUCCACUACACCCCUCAGCUGACCGUGAUGCACACACAAUAAGGACUUGGGUUUGAAUCCCUUUUUUAAGGACAACAGGAAUAGAAGUAUUAUUUCCACUGACUUGUUAGUUACCAGUACUUUAGUUCACAAUCGGGCUUUAAAUGAAAGAGACUGAAGCCACUGAAACUCUUUCCACUAUUCAUUACAUUUCAUUUCCUUUGAAGUUAUCUUAGAAAUGGCCCAGAUUUGUGAUGUUUUCAAGGUGUGUUCACAAAGCGUACAUGAGUGGGAAUGUGACGGACAUCAAGCUUUGUGUUUGGCUUUAUUUGCGGUAGUGCCAGUUUUCCUUCCAGCUGAACUUUUAAGUUUUUGUACAACCUAGCAAACGCUUGGUAAACAAGGUCAUGUAAGGGCUUGUUUUUUUGGGGUUUUACAACUAGCAAGCUCCGUUAUCCGACAUGAACACCAUUUACCUAACGCACCACAAGUCACAUGGUGAGUUUUCCCAGUUGUUUGCACCACUGUAUUCACCAGAAGAGCCAUUGCGAACAUUAACAUUCAAACUUUUAUUUGGGGAUACUGAAGCUUUUAGAAUAUAUUCUAAACCGGGGAGAUACAAUCCUUACACACUCAGUGACGAGAGCAAGGAGAAGGUUUCGUUUCACAGGCUCCACAUUGUGUGUAAUUGUAAGAGUUUUUUAUUUUUAACCUAAAGGGUUAUUGACGAAGCUUCAAAUGCAUUAUGGGGAAAUGUUUCUAUACGAACCUGGUUGAUUGUGCCAUGAAAUAGUUUACUUUUUUUUUCCAAACCUGUUUUUAUGUGUAUCAGUCUUAAUGUCUUGUAUAAGACUGAUGAUUAUGUUUUGUUGUGGUGUUUUGAAUUGUUAAGUGGUGAUCAUAUGAAACUUUGUACAGUUUUGCAUCCAGCACCCCACAGUGCCUACUUUUGAAGUUCAUUUCAUUGUCGAGUUCUUUUGUUUAUGUUUGUGCGUCUUGCAUUUUUAAGAGUUACAGUUUGGUUGCAGUGAUUGAGAACAAUGAGUGAUAGCCGUAAUUAAAAUGCGAGAUUAGGCAAAAGAUAUUUCAAAAUCGUGUGUGCAUACGAGACCGAGGCAGACUUAGUAAUUACAUUCAGAAAGGAAUAAUGCUUAGAAUUUCCAUAAACAUCUUAAUAUAAUCUACAUUCAAGGAGGGACUACAUUUCUACUGGACUUUGACAUUUUAGGCUUGGACUUUGUGUCGAUUAUAUGACUUUGGUUAGUUCGGAUUCACCAAAGUUCCACAGUAACGCAAACUAACCAUCGAGGCAGCGGAAGACGAGGAGCUCCCGUGUCCUGUGAGGUGAAACGACUGUUUUCGUCAGCAGAGUCUGGUGGCUUUGAAGAGAGCAGAGAUAACGGCUUCAGUACCUCGUCAUUAAAGGCAACAUAAAGCAGCGCAUAUAUUCUAAAUGGAGCUUACACUUAAACUGAUAUUACCACCAAUCACUGCAUAUGCAAACCUGUGUCAAAAAAUGCAAUGAGUCAUGGUGACAAUAUUAACAGAAUACAUUUCUAACUGAGACAAUGUAAUACAACAUGAAAAGUUAAAAUACCAAGGUAUCCCUAUAAAGUUGUUAUUCUAUGCAUCUACCUCCUACGAUCUACCUUUGUCUGUCGCCCACUCUUUAAAGUUAAAUCCAUGUGUGCAUCCUUUUUGACCAUCCUGACGAGUGGAUUCAGUGUUUUAGGAUUUAUAUGGCUGCAGAUGUGUUUAGUAUUUACAUUUUUUAAAGCCUACUGUGAUGAUGACUAAUUGUCCACACAGGAAAGGAACUAAAUCAUGUCCUUCCAGUCGCACUCUGCCAUUGAGACUUCAUAAGAUACAACCCACUGUUUAUAAAGGAGGAUGAAUCAAACUGCCAUUUAUUAAUAUUGAUUUCAUAAACAGGUUUUUGAAGAUUGAGGUGGUGGGGAUGUUAAAUAUUCAAAUCCGUAUUUUUUUACUUUUAAGUUAAAUUCUGUGUCAGUUACAUUUGUGUUGAUGUGGAUUUUACAAUUAAAAGUUGUUUUAUAAGUAC